CUCCUCGAUCCCAUUACAGCUUAGACAGUAACUCGUACAAGUCAGCCUCUCUACCAGGAUACAGGCGGAAYGCUGUCAACAGGCCCCAGAGUGCAGCCCCAGACUACUACCAGCAGUAUGACAGCAGCAGUGACGUCAACUGGGGAACCAGAGAAUACAAGGUUUACCCAUAUGAAGUACUGAUCGUGACCACCAGGGGGAGACACAGACUGCCUAAAGACGUAGAUAGAGCCAGACUAGAGCGUCACCUGAGUCCAGAGGAGUUCCUACAGGUGUUUGGGAUGACCUUGACAGAGUUUGACCGGCUGGCUCUCUGGAAGAGGAAUGAAAUGAAGAAACAGGCCCGACUCUUUUAACCAUGGAAAGAGAGAAAAUUAGAAAACAUUGAGAGAGAAACUGUUCUAAAUAAAGAGGGCGAGAGACUGUUAAUGACAACAGAGAAAGAGAGCGAUGUAGAGAGAGAGACAGUUAAUGACAACAGAGAUGGA